AUAUCAUCUUGUGUAUUAUGACAGUAUCGAAAUGAAUCUUGUGGAUGCGACAGAGAGGGUGGAUGAAAAACAUCUUAAGGUGAUUAUUAUUGGAGACAGUCUCGUCGGGAAGAGCUCGUUUGUUGAAAGUUUUAUCAACGGCAAGAUUAGACGCACUACAACUGGUGUUGACUUUGCUUUCAAGAUUGUGAAGUGUCAGGAACAAGUGGUAAAGCUGCAACUGUGGGACAUUAACGGCCAGCUCGAGAGAUGCAGCCCAAUUAGGAAACUCUACUACAAAGAUGCGUCAGCUUGCGUCGUUAUAUUCGAUGUGACGCAAUAUAAAACAUUCGACAGCGCCAUCAAAUGGCGGAAGAACGUGGAGACGUUAUCCAACGUGAGCUCCCUACCUUGCCUACUGCUUGCCAAUAAGGUAGACCUGCAAUCACAUAGCGUGACCGAUGAGGAAAUUGAGGAGCGAUGUAACCAAAAUAAUUUCAUUGGAUGGGGAAAGAUUUCAGCUCAAGACAGGACCAACAUAGAUGAAACUAUGCAGUUCUUGGUGGAGAAAGCUUUAAUAUCGAACGGGCGAUUGGACAGUGACGUCGGGAUUCUCCUACAAGCUGAGAGCAUCAAGUGAAUAAUACGUGACAC